AGCCACGAUCUCCAGUCUUAUCGAUCUGCUGAUCUGCAUAAUAAACCAAAAAAAGACGCAUGAAGUGGGAGAAAGAUUGGUAAAGUUAAGCUGAAGACACUUGCAAAUUUGCAAGUAACAGAGUGAUCAGUCAGAAUAAUCACCAACAUGGCCGGCGCUGCUUUCUUCAAAUUUCCCAUAUGCCUUGUGAUCACUCUCUCCCUCUUAACCUUGCUUGUUAGCCUAAUUACCACCGAAGCAGCACCUACUUACGCCGAUCACACUUGCUCAAAUUCAAGCUUUUUCACUCCCAACAGCACCUAUCAAGCCAACCUCAACCUCCUCCUCUCCGCUCUUUCCUCUAACGCCACCCGCCCCGACGGCUUCUACACAACCAAGGCCGGCCAGGCCCCUCCCGACGUCGUCAUCGGCCGUUUGCUCUGCCGCGCUGAUCUCACCCCGGAUCUCUGUAAAAACUGCAUCUCCACUGCCAUGACAGAUAUAAGAAACCGCUGCCCCUCCGACAAGGUGGGGCUAAUCUGGUACGACGAGUGCACGUUACAGUACUCCAACGAGUCCUACCUGAACGACAAGGUGCCUUUCCAGAACUUGCCGACCAGCACCCAGAACGUCCUGGAGCUGGACCGCUUCAACCCGUUGUUGUCCAGCACGAUGAAGUCGCUGGCGACGAGAGCCGCGAAUUCUCAAUCGGACAAGAAGUUUGCGGUGGCGGAAGAAAGGUUUACGGGCUCACAGACGCUGUACUGCAUGGUGCAGUGCUCGCCGGAGAUGAGCGCGGAUCAGUGUAUGAGUUGCUUGGAAAGCGCCAUAGGCUCUCUUCCUCAGUGCUGCUCGGGAAAACAAGGCGGAAAGGUUCUGCUUCCGAGCUCUAAUAUUAGAUACGAGAUGUUUCGAUUUUACAAUCUGACAGUAUCUGCUGGACCUCCUUCUCUUCCUCCAGGAAAAAGCAAGUCAUCUCUAAUUAUUAUCAUCGCCAUUGUUGUCCCAAUUGCUGGUUCUGUCGUGCUUUUCUCCAUUGGCUGUUUCUUCCUGCGUAGAAGAACAAAGAAGACUUACAAUACAUUCCUAGCAGAAAAUGUUGGGGUUGAAAUUACAUGUGUAGAGUCCCUGCAAUUUGACUUGGGUACAAUUGAAGCUGCCACAAACAACUUCUCUGAUGAUAACAAGAUUGGAAAAGGAGGAUUUGGUACGGUUUACAAGGGAAUCCUUUACAAUGGACAAGAAAUAGCAGUGAAGAGGCUAUCCAAAAGCUCUGGGCAGGGUGCAGAAGAAUUUAAGAAUGAGGUUAUGUUGGUUGCGAAGCUUCAACAUAGAAAUCUAGUGAGGCUCUUAGGAUUUUGCUUGGAAGGAGACGAAAAGAUACUCGUUUAUGAAUAUGUGCCCAAUAGCAGCCUUGAUUACUUUUUAUUUGAUACAGAAAGGCAAAGACAAUUGGAUUGGUUAACCCGUUACAAGAUUAUAGGAGGGAUUGCUCGAGGGCUUCUUUAUCUUCAUGAAGAUUCUCGGCUUAGAAUUAUUCAUCGUGAUCUUAAAGCUAGCAAUGUUUUAUUAGACGGCAAUAUGAAUCCAAAGAUUUCAGAUUUUGGCAUGGCAAGGAUAUUUGUAAUGGAUCAAACCCAAGGAAAUACGAGUAGAAUCGUGGGAACAUAUGGCUACAUGUCUCCAGAGUAUGCAAUGCAUGGACGAUUCUCUGUGAAGUCCGAUGUAUUUAGCUUUGGCGUCCUACUUCUAGAGAUUAUCAGUGGGAAAAUGAACAAUUGUUUCUACCAAUCAGAACAUGAUGAGGACCUCUUAAGCUUUAUAUGGAAACAGUGGAAGAAUGGAACCCCCUUGAAACUGUUGGAUCCAACAUUGAGAGAUUCAUUUUCAAAAAAUGAAGUCAUUAGAUGCAUCCAUAUUGGCUUAUUGUGUGUUCAGGAGGAUCCAGCCAGCCGACCAACAAUGGCAACAGUUGUUCUCAUGCUCGACAGUCACUCUGUGAGCCUGCAGUUGCCGCAGCAGCCGGCAUUUUUGUUUCGGAGAAAAGCAAAGAGGAACAUGAAUACAAAGGAAGCAGGGCAUGAUGAUUCUACAACCCAAUCAGUUCCAUAUUCUGUUGAUGACGCAUCGAUCACUCAAAUAUACCCUCGAUAGUGUGAGGAAGCGAGGUGUUGUCUGUCUUAAGUGUUAUUUGCUUCCUAGAAUCUAAACUUUGGUCGACUUAUGUACAUUCAUAUAUAAACAUAGACGCCCAUUUGGAAGUAGAUGUGCCUAAUAAAAUGCCGAAGUGAAAACAAA